ACGUUUUGCUAAGAAUUUGUCAUUUAUUUUAUUUAACUAUGCAUAUUUACUUUCUCUUCUCUUUUGCGUAGAAUUACUGUGUUUAAAAUUUAAACUUUAAAUGCUUGAUUUCAUCGUCUUUUUGUACACGAUACAAUUGUAAUGUGUGAAGUUGCAUAUUAACAUCUUGCUAUGUUAUGAUUAUCUUUGGAUGGUUCUUAUGUCACGCCAAAUGUUGGUAGAAACAUUUUAAACAACUUUGAACGUUUUAAAAAGCUUCCGCGAAUGGAAUCCAGUGAAGAAACGCUGCGGAAUGCAAUUCGUUAGAUGCGAUGAAUCGAACAUAAAUUUUUAUCGGCAGGAUUUCGGAGGAUCUGUGAUUGACAGAAUUGUAAACACGACUUGUCGCUUAUGAUACAAACAGAUACCGACGAUGUGGAUCCUUUGCGCAUUAAUUGGACUCUUCCAACUUAUACUCCUAUUGAUGUUAUCUGGUAUUCUCUUUUCCAUCGCCGCCGUUUCACGUCUGAUGGAGAUAACGGUUAUCCUAAUAUAUCCUGCUGUUGUAUUCUUAUUACGGCAAUUCGCAAAUUUAAUCAUUCUCCUGACAAUCCUGGCGGCAAGAAUGACGUCCUCAGCGUUUCACGCACUGUUGACUCUUGUUAAAUAUGAUCAGGAGGAAACCGUCUCUCGGCAAGAACCGUCGUCGGGUGUUGCACAGGUUCAACUUGGUAUGCAAACACCUUUCGUGUCAUAUAAGAAGAGCGUCCUAGAAGAGAUACCAGAGGACAUUCUACCCACAAAGGACGAAUCAUCCGCUGUUGUACCGUCGGUAGACCAGGGAAUUAUUGAACCUCCAGAGACUCGGUCACAGGAUAAUGCACCAGAGGAAGCAACGAUAUCGUCGGGCACUACUGAUUCCUAAACUAAAUUUUUGAUAAAAUUGAAUUAUUAACGAGAAAAACAUUUAUAUCAAAUAAUUAUUUGAUACGAAUAAUUUAUGUAUAAACACAAAACAUAUUUUCUUGGAAAAUUAAUUGUACGAUUUCGAAGAAUUAAAUUCUAUGAGUGCGCAAAAAGAACAAGUAUUUAGGAUUAUUUUAAUGAUGAUGUACAACUAUAAUGAAUGUAGCGAGAAGUAAUCGAUUUAUUGCUUUUUGUGUGUUCUGUAAUCGAUUGAUAAAAAGUGCAGUAACAUCUGACACAAUUUCACUGCUGCGU